UGGCUUUAACCUAAACAGAAAACCCUCCAUUAACCCAUCACACAGAAACACCUCAACCACCAUCUUUUCUAUGUUCUAGGAGCCUCCCCUGAGUUUUGAGACAUCCUCCACUGUCCACUCCAGACAGACAGAACCCAUAAUGACGUCCAGGAGGGAGAGUGAGAGGGGAGCAAUCAUCUCUCCAAGGAGUCACCGGCAAAGGACAUCAAAGGCAAGCCGGCUUCCUGAGGCAAGGAGAGAGCGACUGCAGAAGGACAAACCAAAAACAAUAAAGGUUAAGGUAGAGCAGGAGGCAGAUGUGAAGGUAAAAUCCACUGUGGUGGACAUAGACAGAGUGAGAGAUGACCAGGUCAAGGAGGAGAACCUGGGGCCCCUGGAGGCAGCAGAGCAGGAAGAUGGUUUGAAGAGCAUGGGCCUGGGAGUGUUUGAGUGGCUGCUGAUGGUUUUUGUCUUGGCUCUGGUCCUCAUCUUACUCCCUCUGUCCAUCUGGUUCUGUGUCAAAGUAGUGAGGGAGCAUGAGAGAGCUGUAGUCUUCAGACUUGGUCACCUUCUGCGUGGAAGACCCAGAGGCCCAGGUCUUCUUUUCUACCUCCCAUUCAUUGAUGUGUGUCACAAAGUUGACAUCCGACUGAAAAUGCUGAAGGUUCCUCCUCACACGGUGGUGACAAAGGACUUGGUGAGGCCAGAGCUGAGUGUGGUGUGUUAUUACCAAAUAGAGAACAUGGCUCUGUGCAGCACAGCCCUGUCUAGUCUGACCACAGUGUUGCAGACUGUUGUCCAGGCAGCGGUCAGAGAUGUAGUCGCCCAACAUGCAUUCAGCCACGUCCUGCUGCAAAGGAGAAGGAUUGGUCAGCAGAUACAAGCAGCUGUUGACUCUGUCACUUGCCGCUGGGGCAUCCAUGUGGAGAGAGCAGACAUAGACGAGUUCAGUUUUCCCAUGGAGUUACAACAAAGUCUGGCUGCUGAGGCAGAGGCCAAGAAACAACAGCAGGCCAGAGUAAAAGCAGCAGAAUCAGAGACCACUGCCUGGGAGAGUUUGAGGGCCUCCUUCCGUCACAUGCAUCCAGCCUUGGUCCUUCCAUUCCCCCCAGAUGUCCUCAAUCUGACCUCUGACCACUCAGCCUUACCUCCACCUCCACCUCCACCGCCUCCUGCUGUGGAAGAAGAAGAGGGGAAAAGUACAGAAGGGGACCAAGAAACAGACUCACCAAUGAUGUGA